AGAUAUGGAGCUUCAGUAUGCCCACAACAACAUUCAUCAUCAUUGAUCAGCAGGAUCAGAUUUCUUUGCAUAGACAGAGGGUGAAAAUAAUCUUGUUCCUAGUGGUGUAAGGUUCUCAUUAUGGCAGAAGCAGGAGCAGAUGACCCCAGUCUGGUAGAUCAAGAGCUCCGUGACAUGGAUGAGGAGCGUCUGUGGGAGAUGGUGGACAGCCAUCGCUACAGGAUUGUGCGGGCUGUAUGCCCUAGCCGUCUUACCCCCUAUUUGCGCCAAGCCAAGGUGUUUGGCCAGCUGGAUGAGGAAGAGGUGCUCCACAAUCCUCAGUUCACCAACAGUGCCAUGAGAGUGGGUCACAUGCUGGAUCUCUUGAAAUCCCGUGGGAAAAAUGGAGCCCUUGCUUUCCUGGAAAGUCUGAAACUGCACAAUCCUGAUAUUUAUGUGCUGAUCACUGGUUUGGAGCCUUCAAUAGAUCACAACCAUUUCAGUGACCUGAUUGAGAGCUCCCAGCUGACAGAGUGCUUGGCCAAGGCAGUGAGCAGUCUCCAGGAGGAGCUAAGCCAGGAGAAGCGGCAAAAAGUGUCCCUGCUCCAUCACUGCCGGAAACUGAAGGAGGACACAGCCCGACUGGAAGCCCAGGCUGAAAGCCUGCAGGGCAUUGAGGCUGAGUGUAAUCGCAUGAAGAGGGAACUCAGUAUUCAUUUCCACGAGGCCCUCAAGCUUAAGGAUGAACUUUAUGGCCUCUCUUUACGGUACAGCAGUGCUCUGCAGGAGAAGGACCUGGCCAUCACUCGAUGCCAGAGUCUACAGGAAGAGCUCUACCUGAUGAAGCAGGAACUGCAGCAAGCCCAGGUGUCAACCUACUGUGAAAGAGACAGUUCUCCAAAGACUGCUGAGGAACUACAACUACAAGAUGAACUUCUGAUAUUGAGAGAAGAGAAUGAGCGUCUCAAGUCACUUGUGGAGCUGGAGACCUUCAGUGUGGUGCAGAAAGACAUUCUAGAGCAGAACCUGGAUGAUGCUUUGGAGGGCAAACAAGAGCUGCUGAACCGUAUCCACUCCCUGAGGGAGCAGGCAGCCCUGGCUGAGAAUCAGCGCAAGAAGUGCUGGGAAGAAAAACAACACACUUUGAUGGAGUGCCGGAGGAUGAAAGUGGACUGUGAGAUCUACAAGGAGAAAAUCAGUGCCCUCCAGGCACAAGUGGCUGACCUACAGAAAGAGAGAGAUCAGGCCUACAGUGCUCGGGACACAGUUCAGAUGGAAAUUUCCCAGAGCCUCCUAGAGAAAGAUUCUCUCCGACGCAGAGUCUUUGAGCUCACUGAUGAGAUCUGUGAACUCCGGAAGCAGGUGGGCCUGAGUGGCUCAGCACUGAAGCAGGUUCAGCAGAAUGUGUCCACCAACUCCGAGCCUGGAGAUCAUUGUCCAAAGAGGAAGCAACGUUUAGUGCGCAUGCAUGCCAUUUGUCCCCAGGAAGAAGACAGUCAGGACAGCUUAUUGAGCACAUCGGAGUCAUGGUCCAGUUUAAGCCAUCGGUCAAGCCAAGAACUAGUUGAGAGCUUCCGAUCAUGCAGCCCAGUCCCACCUUGUAAGCAUUCCCUUCAGAGGAGAGCCAUGCAAGAGACCUCUUUUUCCAGGAGCAGUUCUCAGGAGUUUCUGGAGGAGGAUUUUACUCUUGGCUCUGAGGAGAAAUGGAGAAUCCUUUUUUGAGAAUGAUAUGCUGGGAAAGAAGAUGGCACCUCCCUAUUGUUCCAUAUGGACCCUUGCAUCUCAGAAAGUGUGCCCAUGCGCCGUCGACUUGCGCAGCGCUUCACAAGCCGCAUCACCACCAUUGCUUUCCAAGCCAAUGCUUUGUUGGAACAGAUCAGCAUUAUUGGGGGCAACCAAACUGGCAUCUUCAUUCAUCGGGUCACACCAGGCUCUCCUGCUGAUGAAAUGUCUCUGUCACCAGGCCAACAGAUUGUGCUGGUGGAUUAUGGUGUCAUAGAGCCAGGUUUCAAAGCUGUUUUGGAGGAGGCAACACUGGAGGAAGCACUCUGGGUCCUGGAGAAGGUGAAUGGCUUCUGCUGCCUGUCUGUGAGGCCCAACAUGGAGGGUUACAAAAAGUUGCUGAGUGACCUGAACUCCAAGCUGGUGACAUCGGGUGAUUCCUUCUAUGUUCGGUCUAACUUGUGCCUCGAGAGACAGGCAACUGGGGAGCUUUCAGUGGGAUGCCAUGACAUUCUGCAUGUCACAGACACCAUGUGUCAAGGCCAAGUCCAGUGGAGAGCCUGCCAAGUGAACCCCUACACCAUGAAGGACAUGGAUGCUGGCACUGUUCCCAACUACUGCCAAGCACAGAAGCAACUCAUCACCCUGAUCCAGGAGCUAGCCCAGAAGAGCAUAAUUUCCCGCAAGAAUUCUGGGGUGCAGCCCAAAUUGGUUCACAUUGUUAGCACAGACAACAAUAAGAUCAAUCCACUCUGGUCAUCCAUGGACUGUGGUCUCUUCGACCCUAGCAGGCCAAAUGUGAACUCCCGAAUCAGCCUCCACCCCAGGAGUUGUGUCAGUCUGAUGCCAUAUACUUUGGUCAGGCCCUGCAGGCCUGGACGGCCACGUCCAAUCCUCAUAGUGCCUGCACUUUUGGGCAAGAUCUUGGCUGAGAAGCUGUGCCUGUCCAAGGGCUUUGAGAAAUGUCCAGUAGAUUCUCAGAAUGAAACACAGGGCAGAGAUGCCCAGCCUGAAGGAAGUGAUGCAGACAGCAGUUGCUGUGUUCUCCGUCGGAUUCUAGAGGGGUUAAUGCAAAAGAAUGUACAUGGCUGGCUGGACCUGGGCCUGGAGAGUGUGCAGGAUCUUCUGGCUAUGGAAAUCUAUCCCAUCAUUAUCCUGAUCACCAUCAAUGAGAAGAAUGGCAAGAAAUUCCGGAAAGCCCUUCAGCGCCUUGGAGCAACUGAAGAGCAACUUUUGGAUAGUACUCGGAAGGAGGAAGCUCAUCUGGAGACAGUGUCUUGCCUGUAUGGGACAAUUGCCCCUGAUGCCUGGAAUGACCUUGAGACACUUACUAGCUGUGUCCGUGCAGCCAUUGCUGAUGAGCAGAAGAAGGUGGUGUGGGUGGAACAACUGCCACACUGAUUCCUUUUGAAGACAGGCAAACACAGGUGACCCCUCAGUGUUUGCCUUGAGUUUUAGAAAUACUUGAAGAUACUACUAUUUGCUCUGAAUUAACCUCAAGAGGAUCAGGGACAUUUUCUAAUCCCCAUGGUGUUGAAGAAUUGUAGAGCAAUCUGCUCACACAGUGCACAGGGAAACAGCCAUUCAUCUUGUUCAAGUGUUUGGCACCUGACCACCCCCUUCUAGCCUCACUUUGCUUUAUGUCUUCCAUCCUCCCCCUUAGUCUCACAGAAGUCAAGUAACUGGUGGAUGUAUAUGAAAAGUGCCACAUGCAACCAUACAUAGGUGAGAAUAUGAGGUACAUGGAUGCUUACACUUUGUUUGGCUUUUAAAUCAGGGAUGCACAUUCCCAGUUUCUCAUGUCCUGGCUAUAGAUUCCCAUUCACCAAAUCACAUGAUGAUAGAGAAUGAGACUGGUAGUCACUAGAACUACUGCCAUUAGAAGAGUCAGCAGUAGCUGGAGUUGAGAAUUUUUAUCCCUUCCUAACAACUUCCAAAAUAAUUUACUGUUCACCAUGCUUGUUGGGCCUGCAAGAACUGAGACUCAAAUGCUGGGAAAGCCAAAGGUGGGUAAAUUGUGUUUGCAAAAGCAUUGCUAGGAUGUGGUCUGGUUUACUAUAAACAAAGGGAUCUAUUGGCAAGGAAGCAUGAGGGGGGGGGGACAAUGAUAAAAUUCAUUAUCUCAUUCAUAUAAAAUAUUUUUCCACUCUUUGCAUUUCAGAGUUGAGGAUGCCCAUUGCAUCUGUAAUUUUCUUCUUCUUUUUUUAAAAAAAACGUUGAACAACUAGAAUGUUGUUAACAAGCAAGGUGAGCAAGGCCUUGGCAAAAAAUGCCUCUUUAAUAUCAUUUUGUCAGAGCAAGAGAUCCAUUUUCUGAAAUACAGUGGGCACAAACCAGAAAACAUUUCUAUUCUACUGAAAAUUGGUAAGUUAGUCAAUACAGUUGAUUCCACUCCAAAACAUGCAUCUGAGGAAGUGGGGUCAUCUACGAAAGCUCAUGCUACCAACUUCUUUCUUUCAGUUAGUCUCAAAGGUACUACAAGAUCCCUUUGCGUACUUAUUUUGCAGACUAACACAGCUAUAUCUUUGAAUUCUAACAGUUAAGUUUGUGGUAUGGAUUUUCAUGUUUCGGUAACUUAUGGUGUUAUUUGCCAUCAAGCUCAAUUUAUUUAUGGUGUGCCUAUAAAUGAGCCCAGUAAUCAGUUGUCUUGCUUAGGGCUGUGCCUUCCUUGAUUGAAACAAUUCAUCUGCAAUGUGGUCUCCCUAUUUUCCUACCGCCUUCCAAUUUAUCAAGCAUUAUCCUCUUCCCAAUUAGUCAUUGUCUCAUGUGUCCAAAGUAUUCAAAGAUAUGUUAGUCUGCAGAAUCAGUAUGUAGAGAUCUUGAAGAACCU